UUUUUUUACCAUUUGAACCAAUAUUAGAAAAUAUUCUUAAAUAUGAAAAAUUAAUUGAAGUUAAAAGUCCUUGGAAAUAUUUCCGAAUUUUAUUUUCACCUCCCGUAUAAACCAUUCCUAGCACUUACUGACAAAGCUCAUUUAUAUAUGGACCAAACCUGUAUUCAUAUUCAGUCUAAGGAGUACAUAUGCAGAGAAACUCAUAAAUCCUUUACCUCAGAGGACUCACCAUGUGCCGUCCAGCUACUUACUUACAAAUCAAAGGUCACCACGUGUCAACUAGUUCAUAUUCGCCUACAUACUAUCCAAUCAAUCAAAAUCAACGAUGGAAAAUGGCUAAUAACCGCACCUAAUAAAGAAAUUGCCAUAAUUCACUGCCAGGACUCAAAGGACAACGUGCCAAUCCAUGGAACCCUACUACUGGAAUCAACUCCUGAUUGUACAGUUCAUAUAAAAUCAUUUAGAUUUGUGACAACAAAAAUCAAUCAACUAAAUUUUAUUGACGUUCACCUUCCAGUAAUGAAUUGGGCUGUAAAUUUCAAAAAUUCUCAAAUUCAAGAAAUUGAUCCACCCUCACUGGACCUUAGAACAAUUAGUUUAAAGGAAACCCAAGAAAUACAAACUUAACUCGAAAUUCAAAAAGAAUAUUUAAAAACCAUCAACACUCCAAUUUAUUUUAAAAGGACCAGUAUAUGGACAAUCCUUUUAUACAUUUCAAUUGGUUCUAUAAUAGGAUUUUGAAUUUUAAGAAAAGUUUGCAUCAUUAAUCGUCAAAGAAGAAUCCAACCACCAAACGAAGUAGAAAUUGUCGUCUGAUGUCCUGAACCACAUCCAUAAGGGCUGUGCUUCCAUCCAGGGGUGGAGGAGUUAUAUUCCAGGAAUAGUGAAGAAUAUAAUUAGACGCUUAGAAAUAUGAUACGAUUAACCAUAGUUUAUAAAUAGUGUAAAAACAUAAAUUUCUAGUUAGUUCUCAUCUUACAGCAUUCGAAAUAAAGUCAAUUUUUAAA